UGUUAUGUUUUGAAGAUGACGAUGAUGAUUCUCGUCCUUGUUGUUUCUCUGCUACUUUUAUCAUCGAUUCAAUCUUUUACUCCACCUGAUAGUUACCUAAUUGAUUGCGGUUCUCCGACCAAUACAUCGGUCGGUAAUCGUGUCUUCCUAGCUGAUAACCUAGCCGCCGAUCGUCUCCUUUCUACCCCACAAACCAUUCUAGCUUCCAAUCCACAACCAUUAUCACCUGAUCGAAAGCUAUACCAAACAGCAAGAAUUUUCACUGCCAUUUCCAAAUAUUCAUUUCCAAUCAAACAACCAGGCCGCCACUGGAUCCGAAUCUAUCUAUCCCCUUUCGUUUACCAAAACUACACUCUCAACUCUGCAAAUUUCUCCGUCCAAACUCAAGAUUUCGUCCUUCUAAACCAUUUUACCCCUUCCAACGAAGACACAGUCAAAGAAUUCUCCGUGAAUGUUACAUCCAAUUCCCUAUCGAUCACCUUCAUACCCUCAUCAUCGAAUUCCUUCGCAUUCGUCAAUGCCCUCGAAAUCGUUUCCGUCCCUGAUUCUCUAAUAACAGACGACGCCACAUCCAUCAAUCCAACUACUGCAUUCCAUGGUUUAACAGUCACGGCACUCCAAACUCUCUACCGGAUCAAUAUGGGCGGACCGUAUAUUUCACCGGAAAACGACACACUCACCCGAACUUGGAUCCCCGACGAGCGUUUCCUGUUGUUAAAGUCCGUCGCCGAUAUCACGUCAAACAUUCCGGCCGUUAAGUAUCCGAAAGACGGUGCUACCCCGGACAUUGCUCCGACUACCGUAUAUGGGUCACUUGUUCAUAUGAAAUCCCAUGAUCCCAACAGUAAUUACAACGUGACAUGGGAAUUCGCCAUCGAUCCUGGUUUUCAUUACCUUGUUCGGUUUCAUUUCUGUGAUAUAUUUAGUAAAUCUCUCCAUGAACUCUACUUCAAUGUCUAUAUUGAUUCAUGGAAAGCUGUUACUGAUCUAGAUCUUAGCUCUGUAACUUUUGGUAGAUUGGCAACUGCAUAUUAUAUGGAUUUUGUUACUGUUUUGACGAGCAGCAGCAAUAUGAGCAUUAGUAUUGGACCUUCCUCUUUUCAAAUGGACUAUCCAAACGCCAUUCUAAAUGGACUUGAGAUUAUGAAGAUGAAUAAUCCAGAGGGUAGUGGUUUGGUUUCUGUAGUUUCGGGUCAGAAAUCAAGUUCAAAUAAGCGUGUGGUUUUCAUAGUCGGUUUGAUCAUUGGAACAUUUGUUGUUAUUGUUCUUCUUCUUCUGGUUCCAGCUGUUAUAAUUUGCAGGCGAAAGAGAAGAAAGCUAGCACAACUUCGUUCGAAAACAUGGAUCCCGAUAUCCCUCGACGGAGGAGCUUCUCACACUACGGUUAGUUCGGGUUCUAACAUUGGGUAUCGGAUUCCUUUAGCAGCUCUUUUAGAGGCUACGAAUAGCUUUGACGAGAAUUGGGUCAUUGGAGUUGGCGGGUUCGGGAAAGUUUAUAAGGGUGUCAUGAACGAUGGCACGAAAGUAGCGGUCAAGAGGGGAAAUCCGCGUUCGCAGCAAGGUCUAACGGAAUUCCAAACAGAGAUUGAGAUGCUGUCGCAGUUCCGCCAUCGGCAUUUAGUUUCUCUGAUCGGUUAUUGCGACGAGAAGAACGAGAUGAUUUUGGUUUACGAAUAUAUGGAGAAUGGAACCGUGAAGAGUCAUCUCUACGGUUCAGGUCUGCCGAGCUUAAGUUGGAAGGAGAGGCUCGAAAUAUGCAUAGGAGCAGCUAGAGGACUUCACUACCUUCACACGGGAUACUCGAUAGCAGUCAUUCAUCGUGAUGUGAAGUCUGCAAACAUACUUCUGGACGAGAACCUCAUGGCGAAAGUAGCUGAUUUCGGGCUUUCAAAGGCUGGACCCGAGAUCGAUCAGACCCACGUGAGUACUGCCGUGAAGGGUAGUUUCGGUUACCUCGAUCCGGAAUACUUCAGAAGGCAACAGCUGACAGAGAAAUCCGACGUUUACUCGUUUGGAGUCGUGUUGCUAGAAGUUGCUUGCGCGAGACCUGUCAUAGACCCGUCCCUCCCGAGGGAGAUGGUGAAUUUGGCGGAAUGGGCAAUGAAGUAUCAGAAACAGGGGAGGUUAAAUCAGAUAAUUGAUCGAGCCCUUGAGGGAAAGGUGAGAGCCGAUUCUUUGAAGAAGUUGGGUGAGACGGCUGAGAAGUGUUUGGCUGAUUUUGGGGUGGACAGGCCUUCUAUGGGAGAUGUUUUGUGGAACCUAGAAUAUGCACUUCAACUUCAAGAAGCGGUUAUUGUGGACGAUCCGGAGGAGAACAGUUCAAACAUCAUCAUGGAGCUAUCGCCACAAGUCGGGCGAGUGGAGAUGACUAAUGCGGUUGUGUUUGGUACGCAGUUAGAAGAGUCGAGUGGUGACGACGACGAUGAUCUUUCGGGUGUUUCCAUGAGCAAGGUUUUCUCCCAGCUUGUCAAGUCAGAGGGUCGAUGAUAUAUGUAUGAUCAAAUGUAUUUUUAUGUGCUAUUCCUUUCGAAGAAGCCGGUGUUUGGUUGGGCUCGACUCGGAUCUAGGUGACUGAUUUUUGUAUGCAUUGAAAUCAACCGCACACAACUACAUUGUAAGAACAUUUGUAUCCUAAUAUUAAGGAUGGUAUCGGUUUCAGCUUUAGAUCGAAUACUGGUUUAUAUGAGCAUGUAGGUGUUUAGCUCUGCUUC